UAAUUGCCAAUUUUCCAUGAAUAAUAUAUCUUUAACAAAAAUGGCAGUAAAUAGUAAACGUUUUAUAUGUUGAUAAAGUUUCUUAUGCAUUGGCCUUAACAUUAAUACUUUCAAACAUAAAGCAUAACAAAAAUUACAAAAAACAAUAGAAAAACUAGAAGACGUUUAUAAGUUUAUAAAUUAUAUAUUAUUAAUUACAUAAUGGGUUCAGUUCUAUCAGAUAUAUCCGACCCAUUGACAGCUCCAGGUCCGACUAUGAUACCGGCAGAGUUGACCCGUGGUUGUUUCAAAUUUCAAUUAUAUGAAUGGAGGUGUUCUAACUUCUUACCAUAAAAGCUGAGUGAAUAUUAAUGAAAUGAUUUACGAAAAGAUAAAAAAAGAAUAUUCAUGAAAUGAGAAACUGCCAGAGUGCCAGUACAAGCACCCGACGGAUACGGAUACGGUAAAUAUUUGUGUCAGGUGAAGAACUCACUGACCCAGAACCAGAGACGGGAGUCUUUGAUGUGCCGUCUUAUCGUUGAAUCGUUGAAGUCGGACAGCCCACCAUCCCGCUUCUUUGGCGGGUAAAGGAAAAAUAAUAAUAUUAUAUUAUAGGUAUAUAUUCAACGGUAUGAAAAUCCUCUGCACACUCCACACCCUCUGGACAUCUGUUACAAGACCGUAUUGUAGUUGGUGGGUUUAGGGUUUCAUUUUUAUUCCCACAAUGAAGGUCAGGGUUUGGAUUUUUAGACGUUCGUGGGUUCAUUUUUUGGUUUGCGAUCUCUUUGAUGGCAACCGCUAGUGAGACUGAGCAUUUUCGUGAGGUUACUCAUUUGGACUGGGAUGGGAUUCUUUUUAAAGAUAUUUAUAUCUUAUUUUCUCUCUCUCUCUUGCAGUUUUAUCUCCAUUUUGUAUUUAUUAUUUUCCAGUCAUUCCAUGCCAUGAUGCUUGCCCUUUAGGGGUGGACAUCGACAUUUUCAAUUGUUAUUACCUGCCAAUGGCAUUUCUAUCUUUGCUUUAUAGAUUAUCUACUGUAUACUGUGGCAUUCAUGCAAUUUCUAUUUGAAUCGUUUACUGUUGUGUGCGAAACUAUGAGUUUGGGAAACCCAACUCAUAAUUUUUCCUAAAACGUAUUCUAUGUAGUUUGUUAGUUGUUUUUGUGAAUCGGCAGACCUUGGCUUGGGAAACGCAAAUAGAAUUAGUUGAUGAUAGUCUGGGUUUUCAUACAUAAACUUGACUUGACACCUAGCUUUGCGCACUCACUAACCGAUCAACCAGUCACCUUGCUUUCCCAUCAAAACAGUUUUGAAUCCAUUCUUGAGAAGAACUUAACAUGAGUGGAGGUUCUUUAAGUUAUCUGUGUUUUACACAAAACAGUUUGCUACCAGUAUCAGGGACAUUUCUUUUUCAUAUUCAUCUGUUUUUACUUUCUGCAUGCCCAAAUUUCUCCAUCUCCUAACAAGUAUAUUCAAUAUUUGCAUGUUUUACUCUGCACAUUGGGACAGCAAAUUCCUGCCCAAUAAGAUGAUAGUUUGUUUUGAACAACAAGAUUGCACCUCCAAGUUGGAAGGAGGAUCAAAUAAAUCACUUCAUCUCUUUUCCUGAGUCUAAGUCAGUUUUGAAUUGGUCUGGGUUUGUUGUUAUAGCAGCCUUAUAGGUGGAACUGUGGAAGUGGGAUUCUCAAGCUGUUAUUUAGGUUGGGUGAUGAAUGAAGAAGGUUAUCCCUGGGCUCUGUGAUACGUGAUUAGGGAAACAUGAUCUCUAGCUUCAAAUAUGACUUCCUUGUUCAGUAUUCAAGUAUAUCUUGAAAUAGUUAGUCACAGGGGGACUGGGUAGUUUUGAUCGGAAAGAAACAAAACAGCAAUUAGUUGCACAAACUAGUUUUUUAUCCUUGGGUUGUGGUCAAGUGCAAGCAAAUUAUUGAUCCUUUUGAAGCCAUAAAUGGAAGGCCCAAAAUCCCGAGUAAUACAAAAUCCAGUGACAGGAAAAAAGUAUCAUCGUAAGUGGACCAAAAAGCCAACUUCAAAACCUAAACCUACAGCAAACUGGCAUAGGCCAGUCACUCGUUCUGCUACUUUCAUGAAGACCAAAUCCCCUGGUGCAACAGUGGAUAUCAUUGAUUCUGAGUUGGAUGAAUCACCCCCUUCAAUGCAUUGUCCUAAACACAUGUUCACUCCACCAUCCCAAAGCACUGCUGAUUCUAACUGGUCUGAGAAUAAUGCUCCAGAUCCUCACGACUCACUCUCUAGACCUUCUACAAUGGUUGAUCAAUCAGUUACCGAUUCCCCCAGCUCCUGUGCACAGAGCACUCUCCAAGCUUCUCCUAUGUAUGCCCCUCCAAGGGAUUCUGUUCUAUUGGUUAUGCCUACUAUUGACAUGGCUGCAAUGUCGGAUCUUUUCGAUACUAUUGAUUCUCUUAUUGCAUCUGAAUUUGCACCAACCAGUUUGGAUACUUCACCAUCUUCUGUUCCUAUAGCUAAGAAUUUUGAAUUUGAUCGGGCCAAGGCUUCACUUUGUCGUCUCCUUGCUAUGGACUUUACUGCUGUGACACACCCUAGUCAGAUGCAGGAACUAAUCAAAACUUUAGAGCAAUUAAAAAACAACAAAAGUUUGUUGCCAAACCAGUUGGUGGCUCUACAGAGGUUGUCUGAAAUUGGCCAAAUGGGUAAGAACUUUGAGAAAGCAAAUACUAUUAUCCAGUCUGCUAAUGAGUUCCUGGAACGGUACCAAGAAAAUACCAACAUUUUGAAGAACAGUAAGGUUGAGUUGUGUACUCUCUCUGAGGAGGUUUCAAAGAAGCAGGCUGAGAUUUUUAAGUAUGAAGCCAAAAUGAAUGUGAUACAAUCACAGAUUUCUGUUCUCCAAAGACGUUUACUUGAAAUAUCUAAGAAUCAUAGUGAAGCCACUUCAGAUCUCAAAUCUCUUCAGGCUACCAUUUCAGCCAAGGCUUCCGCUAGUCAACAACUUAUAGUGAAGUGCCAAGCUCAAGGUGUGAAACUAAAGGAUGUCUGUGCCCAAAAGGAUUCUGCUGAGACUCUUAAGACCAAUAUAUUGGUUGAGUGGGCUUCAUUUCAGACUUUGUUUCUUAAUUUCUUUAAGCCUAGGUGGCAUAUUUAAAGGAUGGGCUUCAAUAUGAAUGAUUUUGAUUUGUCAGAAAGUUGUUAUAUGGGCCACGUC